AUGGUGGUCCAAGCUUUUCGAGCUUCCUCUGCGGACGCGACAGCCGUGUCUACCUUGCAGCACUACGGUGGUGCCUGCGUAGCAAUGGUAGGCAAAGACUGCGUCGCCAUAGCCUGCGAUCUCCGCCUGGGUCUCCAAUCCAUGACCGUCUCCAACAACUUCCCCAAGAUCUUCUCCUACGGCGACGUCUACCUAGGUCUCACUGGCCUCGCCACCGACGUCUCGACCGUCUCGGAUCUCUUCCGCUACAAAGUCAACAUGUACCGGCUGCGCGAGGAACGCAACAUCUCGCCCUCCACCAUGGCGAACCUGGUCAGCUCUAGCCUGUACGAGAAGCGCUUCGGCCCUUAUUUCGUUAGUCCGGUCGUUGCGGGCAUCGAUCAGAAGAGUGGGAAGCCGUUUAUUUGUGGAUUUGAUAGUAUUGGGUGCAUUGAUUUCGCGAAGGAUUUUAUUGUCAGUGGGACGGCGAGUGAUCAGUUGUUUGGUACUUGUGAGGGGCUUUGGGAGCCGGAUUUGGCGCCAGAGGACCUCUUCGAGACUAUUUCGCAGGCGUUGUUGAAUGCGGUGGACAGAGAUGCGUUGUCAGGUUGGGGUGCACACGUCUAUAUCAUCGAGAAGGACAAGGUUACGAAGCGGUUAUUGAAGGGCAGACAAGAUUAA